GAGGGUGCGGCUGAGGCGCGAGCGGCACUGCUGAGUCUGGCGUUGGGCAAGAACAUCAUGAUUGAACCGUGUUCGGCGACUCCGGGGGCGGAGGUUACGACGGAGAAGUUGUCUUCGGCGGAGAAUGGGGGUUGCGAAAAAUGGGUAACGGCGAAGACGUCAGAAGGCGAGGACUUGAGCUUGCUGAUGUUGCGGGGCGGGUACGUGGUGGUGGACGCGGCGACUGCGCCUGCAGCGAGGUUGGAGGAGUACCUUAGAGUGCCAGCGACGCGGCCGCCAUGUGGUCCGGCGAUAAAAGCGGUGAACUACGACGCGUCAGUGUUGGAAGAGAGUCGGACGGAUCAAUUGUGUGUGGUGGAGAAGGUGCUGUCAGGGACGGAGGUAGAAUGUUUCGUGCCAAGUGCACAGACUUAUUUGCGUUUAGGUCUGGCGGGAUUGGAGGCUGCACGAGAGGAAGAGUGUGUGGAAUUGUUAACGAUGCGUGUGCUAGGUCGUCAGUUUAACUUGCGGUUAGUCGGUACGGUAGACGGACGCAUUUAUGGGGCCCUGUCCUUCCCCGAAGGUGGCCUGGUGGUCCGUACGGUGUUGGAGGUCGGAUUGGGUAGGUUGCACGAGAGUUCGGCUCAGCGGUUGCGAAUGGCCCAGCGUGCGGCACUUCAAAACGCCGUGGCGGAGGCCAAGAAGCUAAAAGUCGGUAUCUGGCAGGCCACGGCAGGUGGGGAAGACGGAGCGACGACCGCAAGCAAUACUCCUACGGCUCGAGACCUGGCCACGGUUGGCGAGUUUGACGCAAGACUCGCUGACGUCUUCGGCACGUCGAGCUUGUUGGUACUUGAGGGGAACCCGCAGACCGGUGUAAUCACCCCAUUCUCACCCCACCGUGCUGUCUACCUGUCCCACCUCCGCGGUCGUGCCGCCGGAUGGCUAACACCUGCACGCGAGGCGAUAAAAGAGAUCUGCGGCACACGAAAACUUCGCAUCAAAAUCGACUACAUGCGUUGCGCACAAAACGUUGACAACCCACCGAGGCCCUCCGAUGACUACGGUCGCCUCCACUAUGCCACCGUCAUUGUACAAGAGCCUGGUACAAAGACGUGUCUAAAUAAGGAACUACUCCGGCGGGGCUUCGCCCGCCUAGAUCGACUCCAAAACGGAGCCGUGAAGACGUCAUUGUAUGAGGAAAUGGAGCAACUCAGUCGCGACUCCACCCCCAAUAACCAACCAGCGCCGAAGUUCAACGACUACAUUGGUCCAGCUAAUACAAGGCGCGCGCGACAGCUGUAUAACUCACUUCGGAACGAAUCCUGUCUUCGUAUUUUCGUCGAGCGCGUGGUCACAGGCACCCGAUACCGUGCCUACGUGCCCGGUUACGCGGCCAUGAUCUCUGUCUCCCUCUCCGGUGUCACGGCGCCGCAAGUGGCUAGACGAAAUGUAGGUUUCGAAGAUCCAGAAGAUAAGCCGGCUGAUGAACCGUUUGCGAACGAAUCAAUAGCCUGGGCCGAGCUGAACGUCAAUUACCGUCCCUUCAUGGCUCAAUUUGUCAAUUGUGACAUGGGCGGUACCUUCUCGUCCAUCCUCACACCGCCUGGAGCAAAAAAAGAAGGCACUAAAACCUCACUGUCCAGUGUCGACCUCGCCAUCUCCGGCACUCCGCUUCAAGAAACCAUGCUCCGUGAAGGUUACGCCAUGGUCUUCGACCGCUUCCCAGGUCCCCACGCGGAGGAGUAUUACAAGUUGGAGGAACGUGCCAUCAGUGAGAAAAAAGGCAUCUGGAGCUUGGAGGAGAAUGUCAUAUACUUUGGUCGCAAAGAAGAUGCCACCAAGACGACCGACGUCCUCGGCAACUGGGGAGACGUGUCCAUUUCGCACUGCGAAAGCAGCAGCGAGGUUUAUGUCCAGAAACACUCCCGCACCAACGACUUGCUGGACAUUCAACGGACCAUUGCCCGCGAGGCUGUGGCCACCUAUAGCACCCAAAGCAAGACCGAACUCCCCGCGAAAAACAGCAUUAUUCUUGCCAAAUUCGAAGGCGAGUGGUACCGCGCACGCGUGCUAAAUGUCAAGUCAGGUCUAGGCAGCAUCGAAGUCUUUUUCUUGGACUACGGCAACACCGCGGAAAUCACGUCUUUAGACGACAUCGCUGUCCUACCCACUGCCGUCAACGUCAUUGCCUACCCACCUCUGGCCAGUCGCGUUGGUCUCGCCUAUAUAAAGAACCCUAGUAUCGACCCAGGUAGUCUGGACAAUGCUUGCGACGUGAUUAUGGAAUUUGGCGAAGAACAAACCUGCCAGUGCGAAUGCGUGGGGACUCUGGACACUGUUCCCCAAGUUCUGGCUACAGGAACGGCGCCUUAA